AUGCAGAGAAUUUCCAAGAAACUCCGGAAUGGCGUCAAAAGGGGCGACGAGAUCACCUCAAAGGACAUCACAGGACACGGCGUCAAAUUCAAGAUUCGCACGGGUGAAGAAAUCAGCACGAACGAUUUCACGACAGGUAGACCUGGAAAACUCUUUUUAGGAGAACCCUUCAUUCGUUACCACACCAUGGAUGAGUUGAAAGCAACCGCGCUGAAGCACACCGAUGAAUCAUUCAAAUUGAGCCCGCCAUUCUGUUCAAUGGAUAUUGGACACGUUGUCGAGGAAAGAGAUCCCAAAACGAGACAGCUUAUUUCGAAGAGAGGGAUUCUGGAUCUAAACACUGUGAAGGCGAAAUACAAAUCCGCCCAGGAGAAAUGGCUGGCUUCGGGGGUUGACCAUCGAGUGAGGGAAGUGUUACAGAAUAUCACCUGCGGUAAAGUCAACAAAGUUAUCGCAGUUGGCUUGAACUCUAUUUCAUCGCCGAUUCUCUUCGACGACCACGACCACGCUACAGUUCAAGGACGUACCCUCAACCAGCAUCUGCUUUUCUUGACAAUUUGUGACUACCUUCGCAACAGAAAAGUUCGAUCGGGUGGAAAGUCUACCGAUAUCACAUGCUUUGUACAGGACCCAGCCUACACAAAGGUCGACAAACAAUUUUUCAAUCUGCACCAGGUCAAGGUUCUCAAGGACCCGGAGGCAUGGAUCGAGGUUGACAAGUCAUCGAUGGUGAUAGCAAUAAACCCGGGUGUCCCAGCAAGACAGAUCGUUAUGGAUGUGGCUCAACCCAUGGUCAUGUUCUGGAUGACGCUCCAGAACGCAUUACAGUGUGAUACCGACCCGGAUUCGGAGCGACUAACGGUUCUUCUGCGCAACUUUUACAGUGAAAUGGAUUUGAUGCACCCCAUGUUUGUCAAUGCGACAGACCGAGCAGCGUAUUCCGAUCUUACAGAUGUGUCAGUGUUCGUUCGUGCCUGGGGCUGUGACUGA